UUAUAAAACGAACCCCACAUUCGCCUAUUCCUAUCUUCUUCCCCCCGAACUCCACCCAAUAUAGCAUAUAAGCUUCUUUCUGCUCCAGAAAGCUUCUCAGCUCCACAAAAAUGGCGGCUUUAGUAAAACCCACCUCCAAAUUCACCACCGCCACCCCAAAAUUCAGCAACCCAAUUAUAAGGCGGCCUCCACCGUCUCAAUUAAAAUUUUCAACCACCAUGAUCAAGGCAUCUGCUGCCACCACCGCCACCGCUGCCUCCCCUAGAGGAGGAGGGGGGAAGAUGAAGAAGAAAGAAGGGAUAAAGGAGUCGCUGCUGACACCGCGGUUUUACACGACGGAUUUCGAUGAGAUGGAGAGGCUGUUCAACAGGGAGAUUAACAAGAAUCUGAAGGAGGGGGAGUUUGAAGCUCUGUUGCAGGAGUUCAAGACUGAUUACAAUCAGACCCAUUUCGUGAGGAAUAAGGAGUUUAAGGAGGCUGCUGAUAAGAUGCAGGGCCCACUUCGGCAAAUCUUUGUUGAGUUCUUGGAGAGGUCUUGCACUGCUGAGUUCUCUGGCUUCCUUCUCUACAAGGAACUUGGAAGGAGGCUCAAGAAAACCAAUCCUGUUGUAGCUGAGAUAUUCUCUCUCAUGUCAAGAGAUGAAGCCAGGCAUGCCGGGUUCUUGAACAAAGGUUUAUCUGAUUUCAAUUUGGCCCUUGACUUGGGAUUCUUGACCAAGGCAAGAAAGUACACAUUCUUCAAGCCCAAGUUCAUUUUCUAUGCAACAUAUUUGUCUGAGAAAAUUGGAUACUGGAGAUACAUAACCAUAUACCGGCAUCUCAAGGCUAAUCCCGAGUACCAGUGUUAUCCCAUUUUCAAGUAUUUUGAGAACUGGUGCCAGGAUGAGAAUAGGCAUGGUGAUUUCUUCUCUGCACUCAUGAAGGCACAGCCCCAAUUCCUCAACGAUUGGAAGGCUAAGUUGUGGGCCCGUUUCUUCUGCCUUUCGGUUUAUGUGACAAUGUACCUCAAUGAUUGCCAACGCACAGCUUUCUAUGAAGGCAUUGGGCUCAACACAAAAGAAUUUGAUAUGCAUGUCAUUAUCGAGACAAACCGCACAACUGCUAGGAUAUUUCCAGCAGUACCGGAUGUUGAGAACCCGGAGUUCAAGAGGAAGCUGGAUAGGAUGGUGGAGAUCAACCAGAAGCUGCUGGCUGUGGGGGAGAGCCAAGACGCUUCCUUUGUCAAGAACUUAAAGAGGAUUCCUCUAGUUGCUGCACUUGUUUCUGAGAUCUUGGCUGCUUAUCUCAUGCCGCCUAUUGAGUCUGGUUCGGUUGAUUUUGCAGAGUUUGAACCACAAGUUGUUUACUGAUAACUUUUCGUGUAAUCGGAUCUUUGUCUGUAGAUGUUCUCUGAGUAUGUAAUUCACUGUAAUCACAGCAGAUGUUGUAUUAGAUAAUUAAGGAAACACUGUUAUAACGAAGUUGCACCCGUGCUUUCUUUA